AUGCAAUCGAUUUCUAAUUUAUCUAAUGUUACCACACUUGAUCUCACCAUUAAUUCACCAACCGAUUCGGUCUUUCCAUCAGUAUCACUUGUACACGAUCUUCUCGUUAUCUUACACAAGGUCAGCAGACUUUAUUUAUGUUACAAUAACUUACUUGAAUUUCUCAAAUCAUCAUCAAUGGUAGAAAUAUUACAGAAACAGAUUGAAACAUUACGGAUUAUAUUUAAUACUGAUCCGCCAUUACUUGAAAAUAUGAUUCAAAUAUUCAACAUUUUUGCUGCAAAGCUGAAGUUUCUAUAUUUUCAGUUGCAUAUUGAUUUUCCAACAUACAAUUUUUACCUUAUUUUACCAUUGUUAAUGUGUGGAAUAUGUCCCGAAUUGCUCAUAUUUGAAUUAGAACUACAGACACCAGAAGGACAACAACAACAACCAACUUUUAACGAAGACUUUAAAUUAUGGUUAAAAGAAUGCUUGACAGCAUUGAGUAAAGCUAAUGCCAAACGAUCCACUUCAAUUGAGUAUAAAAUAACCGAUAGACAAUUUGCCAUUUCAUUCUAA